AUGGAAAGAAUUGAUUUUAUAUCUCACGACAUUAAUAAAUUCGAAAUCCGUCUUAAACCGAUUCAAAUUCAAAUCUCCAGUCUUGCCGACGUUCAAUACUGUAAGAAUCUUAAAGAGCUUUACGUGAGGAAAAACGAAAUAAAAAAUCUCAACGAAAUUUGCUACCUGAAAAAUUUACCGUAUUUAAAAGCGCUAUGGCUCGCCGAAAAUCCAUGUUCGGCUUCGGACAGUCUUUACCGAUUUACAGUCAUAAAAAAUUUACCUACGUUGGAAAAAUUAGACGACGUGAAAAUAGAACUAGAAGAAAGACAAGAUUCGAUGAAAAAAGGAAGAGAUUUGAUACAUCCGGAAGAUUCAGAUUAUGAAAAUAAUAGUCCCGCUCAAAGUCCGGUCAGAAUUUCGAGAUCGCCACCCGUUAGUGGUCGUUCUUCGGAUCAGGAUAUAGAAGAAGAAGUUGAAAGUAGAAAAUCAUACAGUCCAGAACCGGAGCCUCCCACUUACACAACGCAAAACGAAAGCAAAUAUUCGGGUCGAAACGAUCGCUACGAAAAUAAAAAUUACAAAAAUAAUCGUCGUCCGAAUGAAGUUUCGUAUGAACAGCAAUACGAUAACGGAGUUGGGAGUGAAAGCGUGGUAAGCGAAAAACACAUUGAUACAUCUCAUUGUACAUCUUAUUUAAACCGUCGCAAUUCCGAUACUUCCAUAUCGUUUAAAAAAGAAAAAACAAUAAUAGAAUCUAACACGAGGAUACUCCAUAACUCUACUAACCAAGAAGAUUACGAAGGUGAUAACACCCCCGAUAACAAGGAGGGAUAUUGUUAUUGCGCUUCGAAUCGCUAUGAUCGUCGAAUUCAGGUGAAUGCUAGCCGAUAUAGAGAUCGAGGGGAAGGUACGAGGUGCUCCAGUAGCGAUGGGAGCGGGCGUACGAGUCCCCAUAAGGGGCAAGAAAGAGCGUACCGACAAUACGAUAAUUAUCGAAUAGAUGGAGAAAGGUAUUCCAAACCUUCUCCUUAUCCGCCAAGGCGGCCCGUCACAAGGAAUUCAAAUCUCCUUUCAGCAGUAUUAUGUCUCAUUAAAGAACUAGAUUAUCCAAGUUUGGAAGUUGUUGCUAUUGCCGUCAGAUGCAGGAUGGACGAAUUCGAUGAUUAG